ACGUACAGAACACGUAGCGUAAAUCGCUCAAAGUAGUAAAAAACAUAAAUAACUUAAAUUCUUUAAUUCGAUAUAAAAUAUAAAAAAUCGUAUUGUAUUUUUGACAAAUUUCAAAUCUUGGAAGCGUAUACUCUAAAAUUAUAAAUUUGGUGUCGUUGGAAUGUCAAAGUAAAUACACCCCAAAAUGGUUAUUGCAUCGAAUUUACAACCCCUUGAGUUUACUGACUGCCUCUUAGAUAGUCCAGAGUUUCGUGAUAACUUGAAAAAACAUGAGCAAGAACUUGAAAAAUCAAGUCAUCACAUAAAACAAAUUAUCAAGGAAGUGAAAGACCUUCUUUUGGCAGCUAAAAACUUGUCAAAAGCGCAAAGAACACUCUCAAAAAGCUUAGAAGAUUUCCCAUUUGAAUGCAUAGGAUCCACUCAAACAGAUGACGAACAGGUGAUUGAAGGAAGUUUAAAAACCUUUUCUAAAUUAAUUUCAGCAAUCGAAGAUGAGAGAGAUAAAUUGCUUAAUACUGCACAUGCCACCAUAAUUGGACCACUAGAAGAAUUUAGGAAAGUGCACAUUGGAGGAGUAAAAGAAAACAAGAAAAAGUACGAUAAAAAAACUGCAAAGUUCUGUCAAGCACAAGAAAGAUUUUUAAGCAUGUCUACUAAAAAACCAGGAAAUGUUGUUGUUGAAGCGGAUGCUUCUUUAGGAAUGUUGGAACGUGAAUAUUUACAAGAAUCACUAAGUUAUGUAUUACGGAUUCAAGAUGUCCAAGAAAGGAUCAAAUUUGAGUUUGUUGAAAUCAUUUUAAAUUUUAUUUCUCGCUGGCUAGUAUUUUAUCACGUUGGGCACGAAGUUUCCGAAGAUGCAAAGGAGUACAUGAGAGAUUUACAGUACAGUGUGCAAAAGACUAGAGACAAUUUCAAUACCGCACGAUCUAAAGCAGAAGAGCUGAAGAGUAAAUAUAUGGAUAGUAAAAUGAAGCCUGAAUCAGAAUUCACAAAACAAGGAUACUUGUUUUUGAUGGAAAAAAAGGCAUUUACAGCGACUUGGUCAAAAUAUUAUUGUACAUAUAAAAAACAUCAAAAACAAUUUUCUAUGCUGCAAUACAAUCAAAUAUCAGGUAAAACCCAAUCGAUACCUGAAACUUUUACACUUACAACCUGCACUAGAAGAGUUUCUGACUUUGAAAAACGGUUCUGCUUUGAUUUAAUUUUUCUGGAAAAACCGGGUCUCGUUUAUACAUUUCAAGCAUUAAGUGAAGAGGAUAGAAAAAUUUGGUUGAAUGCAAUGGAUGGCAAAGAACCGCAACACACGACCCCAGGACAAAGUACAAAGACAGAUGAAUAUUAUUUGGAUGAAAUUGGGUUUGAUUUUGUCAAAACGUGUAUUGAAAUUUUAGAAGAAAGAGGAUUAGAGGAAGAAGGGUUAUAUAGAGUUGGUGGUGUAAGCACAAAAAUUACGAAACUCAUAAGUGUAGGACUAGAUCGUUCAAAAACCGAUACUGAACGACGACAAGCAUUUUUUAGUGGAAAUAAUAUGGAUAUAUCUGAAACAAAGACUAUAGCUAGUGCAUUAAAGCAUUUUCUAAGACACUUAAGUGAACCAAUUAUGACAUAUCGCUUGCAUGACGCCUUUAUUGCUGCAGCUAAACUAGAAACAAGAGCUCAUAGGAUAAGUGAAAUUCAUGUUCUGGUUCACCGGUUACCAAAAGCGCAUUUUCAAAUGCUUGAUAUUGUGAUUCAACAUUUACAAAAUGUGGCACAAAAAUCAAACAAAAACAAAAUGUCUGUUUUUAACCUAGGUGUUGUAUUUGGUCCUACGCUUCUUCGAUCAGCCGAAGAAACAUUAGCAUCAAUAUUAGAUAUUAAAUUCAAUAAUGUUGUAAUUGAAAUGCUUAUUGAAAAUUAUGAUGCUGUCUUCAAAAAUUCACCGGGAAAAGCUUUACAAUACAUGUUACACAAUAAAUCAUUAGGACCAAAAGCAAAUAACACUUAUGAAGCAUCAAAUGAGGCUAACCCAUUGCAUAACCAAAAAUUAACGAGAGUAAUUGCAAAAUCUAAUUACACUGAUCCGGUGUUAUCGGCAAGUUUGCAGAACAUUCCAAAUGGAAAUCAAAAUGCUAAAAUAAACAAUACCAACAAUACUUACAUAGUUAACUAUGACGUUCGUCAAAACUCCAUUUCCAAUCCGAGCAUGACGAGUUCUUCUUAUGCAAGAGAAAGUGACAAGGACUUUUCUUCUUAUUCAAAUAGUCCAUUUAUUAUGAACACCCAAUCAGUGGCUCCUCAACGCACCUUCUACAAUACGCAAUGCAUGAAUAUGCCAGUCAAACUAGAGAGCAGUUUUGAAUCAUGUAGUCGUUCAGGAAUGGAGCGAAUAAGUCAUACAGAUUUACUUAAUAAUUCCGAUCAAAAUUCUUCAGAGCUUUUGAACUCCGAAGGUAGUUCUAGUGAGUCUCUUGCUUCUAGUCGGGAUACUAACAAUCUUUGGGUAAACGAAAAAAAACUGCACAAAAUUUUACCUGAAGAUCAAAUAGUUUUACCAAAAAAAGGACAAAAACAAGACAAAGAUGAUAUUUUUAAAAAGCUAUCUCCACGGGACUAUUUACGAGUUCGCACUUUAUAUGCAUGCUUAGCUGAAAAUGACGGAGAAUUGUCUUUUGAACCAAAUCAAAUUAUAACAUACGUUAGACGAUCAAACGAGAGGGGGUGGUUGAUUGGUACGUUAAACGGAAAAAGUGGUCUUAUACCAGAAAAUUAUGUGGAAGUCUUACCGUAAUUUAAAAAAAGAAGUCAGUUUGUGUAUAAAAAUCGUUAUUUAGUUAUGCUUGUUUUCUUUUGACAGUUGUAUUAAAAAAUUAAAAAAGCUGUCAAUCAAAUAUAUAUAUUAAUGUCCUAUAUAUAUAUAUAUUAAUGUCUUCCACUUAUCCGUUAUCAUGAUAAAAUAGCACGCAACAAAAAGAAGUAUUCAGGAUGGAAAAUGAAAAAAACCUUUUGAGUAUUAUAUUUUUAUAUUAAUCUUUUUAUAUACAUUUUAUAUACAUUAAGAAAUUAAUUUUAACUUAUUAACUUAAUGUACACACAUUCUAUAAAUGAAGUAAAUAUACCUUCUAAACAA